UGUUAAUCAAAAGUUACUGAGGCUAGGUGUCUGCAAAUACGGUUGCCUACAGCCGGCGUCCAGUCACCUGGUCUCUUUUGCCUUUUAGCCGGUUUUCUCGAUUCUUGGAAAGCAUUAUCAAUUGCUCAACACACGCUCUUCUCUGCUUCCCCUUUUCACGUUGCCUAGUAGUGAACAAACCACUCAGCUCUCCUCUCUAGAGGAUGAAACGUGGUUUAAGAAGGCAGUAUUAUGCUCCCACUAAUGAGGGAUUUUCGUCACGCAGCUGCAGUCAGCAGUAAAAGGUUCUAGGUUACUCCUUCGCGUAAACUAAAGGAUAAAUGUACAACAGUGAAAGUUUCCGAAUAUUUGAGUAAUGUCAGAUUAACAAGGGACUGUUGCAGACUCAACGGGUCUCCUACUCACCUUAGAACCACUUUUGUCAAGAAUAAUCAUAAUUCAUCUAUUUUCCACUAUCCGAAAAUGAGUUCUGGUCGUUGGCAACUAUAGCUUAAAUAAUUCUUUUAGCAGCGACGGAUGUUGUUAUGCUGUUUUACCUAGUAUCACAAUAUUUCAGUUAUAGAAGUACCAUCCCGUAUGGAUAAGGAUAUCACAGCACAUUUACAGAAGCAGAGAAGAAUAGCCGUGACUGCGGCACAAUAACACAGGUACCCAUUGUAGUAACGGCAAUGCACGGAGAGACGGUGGCAAUUAGCAAAACUAAUCUUGAGAGUCUAAGGACUUGGCAGAAAAGCAACGCCCGAUACUUAAAGUGACGCCUGCUUAUGGAGGAUAUGCGGAAGCGAUCCACGGUAUGCAAGCAGAGUCAGCUCUACGCGAGGAAUGUGGUUUCAAAUGUUACUGACUGACUGCCCGUGCACCUUGGUUAUGGAAAAAGAGGACGGACGGCAGAUGAACAGUGCAGAAGAGAAGUAUGAAACUUUGGCUUUUGAUGCAGCUCUCAGUACUUUGGUGGCAGUGCUGGUCUAUGUUGCACUAAAGGUAACUUUGGAUGGUAUCCGUCAGUGGAGAGCACGGGUGUCGGUUCUGAUUAUUGGUACCGGUCCGGUUGGGUUAACGUCUGCUUUGGUAGCUGUCCGUUCCGGGAAGGUGCUGAAACUAACUCUGUUGGACGAACGCUAUAGGACAGCACUUCUUUGCAGACCCCAACAGAUCGCUUUGGAUCCCCGCAGUGUGAAGUUCCUUCUAAGCUUAGGAGUUGAUUUUGAUAAUAUGGAGGGCUGUUGGCACAAUGAACAUUUUUUCACUAGGAUCGGUGUCUUUCAAGAGCACCUUUUAAGCAUCUUGGAGCAAAAGAAACAGACCAUGAAUAUACAGAUAAAACUUGGUACUAAGUUUACAGAUGAAUAUUUAAAGAAGAUCCCAGCUUCUGAAUGGCCCAGAAUAAUAGUUGUAGCUGAUGGGUCUUGUGGUGAGUCAUGUUCUGUUCUUGGAAUUAACCCAGACUACAUUGUGGAGUCUUGCAAUGCUUAUGGAGCAAAUGCAGCAAUUGAAAGGGCUGACCAGAGACAGGUACCCACACCAGAGAUACGAGCACAUAGUUUGUACUUUGAUUUGUCAGCUUAUGGAGUUGAUUUUUCUACCACUGGGAAAGAAUCCCUGAGCACACAGCAAGCACCACUAAAGUCUGGCUUUCAUCUGAAGAUCUAUGGAACAUUUCGAAACCGCUACAUGGCUAUGGCAUGCUCAGCCUUGGAUUUAAAAGUGGUCCGUUUUUUAAGGCAUACUACUAAUGCAACAAUUAUGAAGAAUAUAUUCCACCAAUCUUUCAAUGCUUACAAGACUGACAUAGAGCCCAGAGUGAAUGACUUGACCUUACAUCACCUGCAGUGCAGUCGAAGACUCUUUGAAAUUAUGCUUUCCCAUCGAAAGGUCACUGCAGCCUACAUCGAAGGAGAUAACAUUGUUGUCGCUAUAGAAGGAGAAUCAGCGAGAGUGCUGAAUUUUGACACUGGCUGUGGAAUAAACCUGGCCCUAAGAGGACUGGAAUCUUCAGAGGAAUUCUUUUAUAGAAUAGCCACUGCAGUAGACCAAAAUGAUGUCUUUGAAGCACUUUCUGCCAAGAUAAGACAUGCAAAGCAGAUAUCUGAAGACUUCAGGCAGAAUGGAAUACCAACUACAAUGUUUGAAUGAAGAGAUUCUGGAAAGAAAAUGCAUUUGUGCAAGGAAUGCAUCAUGUAAUUGAUGAGGCCUAAAGACCAAAUGGACUGGAAUUACAACUGCUAGGAAGUAAUCACUUUGCACAGCAGAAAACCCAGACUGUAUGGUUAUUUUAACAACACACAUUGUCCAGCUGUGGUAACGCUUGUGGCCGUUCAUCUUUGGAUGGUUUAAUGGUUCUAUGAGGUCUUGUGAAGAGAACUCCAGAAGAAGGAAGCAGUUAUAUUUUGACUACUCAAAUUCACUCGAGUUUUGCAAAGAAAAAACUUUGUCAUAUGUGAUCUAUUAAAUUUGACAUAUCCCUUGAAUUCUAAUAAAAUAACAGGAAAAAAGUUACAUAUCAGCCUAAAAUUAUUCUAGGGUCUCCUUUUUGCCCUUUCAUAUUCAUAAAAGUGUUUAUUUACAGACGUAGUUUCUUCUAGUCUGGUGGAGAAGCUAUGGCUUCCAUUAGUCAUGUCAGUGCUGCUGCUUUGCCAUUCAGGAAGGCGUGGUCCUGCCUCUCUUCACCUAAUGCAGGAGUUAAAUACCUCAUCUUCCAGUGCCACACCCGACACCCCUUCAUUAAAAUGUAGAAUUUUGAAAGUCUCAUAUAGACCCAUGUCUCGAAAUGGCAGUAUAAGCAAAUGGCUGAUAAAUUCUUUAAACAUGAGGGACAAAUAAGGUAGCUACUUAAUAAAGAAUGGGUAAAAUUUUGGAUAAGUAAAUUGGUAACAUUUUGGCUAAGUAAAUAGUAAAGCACUGACUGCCACACCAGAUGACAAUGAUUGUUUGAAAAAGGACCUGUGCAUCUCUGAAGGUGGUCAACAAGAGUCAGUGUCCACAGCAUGCUGGCACCUUCAGGAAGGUAGUGAGGGUUGCAAGAUGCUUAUGACUUCUUGUUUAGCUGGUUGUAGUAUAUGACUAUCUGCAUUUGUGCUUGUGUGUGUGUGUGUGUGUGUGUGUGUGUGUGUGUGUGUGUGCGCAUGUGUCUGUGUGCAUGCACGUGCCUGUGCGCGUGCACCUGUGAAUUUUUUUUUUUUUUACCUUAGGAAUUAACUGAAUGUAAAGAGAAAGAAAUGUGCUGUGCUUAGUCCCUGUGUGGAUCCUUUCUUGUGUGAUGUCAGGCAGUUCCAAUUUAGGAUCAAGGCACUAAGGUCUCUAAAAGAGCAUGUUCUUACAGUCGAAGUCUAUGUGAAAACCUUAAAGAAAAGGAAGUAUUUGAUCAAAUAUAAAGUAUCACUGAAAUUUAAAAACUUAGUCAUACCACUUUAGAUGUUUUUGGUGAAGAUGACACUUUGACCACAUUUUUCAGCUAAAGGCCACACAUGUUCAUUUAUUUUCAGACAUGAUAUUCUUAAAAUAAGAAGCGGGCUCUGAAAUAUAUGAAUGCACACACGGGCUCAGUUCUACUGAAUGAACUGCCAGCUCUUGCUUAGGGCUAAAUAAAAGGGCCGUGAUUAUGUGGAUGAGACCGUGGACAUGUGGCAGUUUUUUUAUCUUUAGUAUGUACUGUGCUAAGCGUCCACUUUCAGUGGCCUUCUACCAUUAAAGAAAACCUCUCUUUGUACUUUUUAUGGCACUUCAUGCAAAUAAAAGUUUUCAUGGGACAAUUUUUAGAAAGAAUAUGAAAUAAUGAAAAACAUAUCUAUGUAUUCAAGCACUGCAUACUAGAGCACACACACACACACACACACACACUUCCUAGAACUAUUACUGUGUGUGUAAUCACAGAGGAUCGUACACACAAUUUUUUUAUGGGAGCUCAGGGCAAUAGUGUUAAACUGAGCAAGCAGGUUUGACAGACUAAUUGGAUUCAAAAUGACGACUUUCCUCAAUGGUUCAAAACAGGGAAAAUGCUGUAAAAUGGCCAAAUAACUCUGGAUACGAAGAAGUGCACAUGAAGGCAAACUAGACACAGAAGCAAGAUCAGGGUGCAUACAUAAGAAAAAGGAUUUUGUGCCUUUGUCUGUGUUACUAAGUCUAGUGUUAAGCAUCCAGCUUCUGUUCCUUUCCACACUUAACCUGUUCCAAGUUUUACUGUUUAUCCCAGGUGGCAUCACAGACAACUAUCUUAUAUCAAUUCAUGUUAAUUCUUUUGUUGAUGUAUUCCUCAGUUAUCCAUCUUUAACUAAAGUUUACUAGUUAAUGCAAUGCUACUUAACUUGCCCAGUAUGUAACAAGCUGUUGAUACUGUGUGUGGAAGGAAUCCUUCUGUUUAACUACAAAGAGCACUUUAAAAUGCCACAUUCACCAGUGAGUGAAACAAAAAUGGGUACAGAAUUCAGAUAAACAUAUGAAGUUGUACGUGGCAGGAAGUGCUACUACCCUCCCAACCAACAGAAGAAUUAUGUGACUUCAGUAAUGUCUCUGAUGUGAGAUAAUGUGUACUAAAACACUGCUGAUGUUUCAUACAAAUGUAAAUGUGAGUUGUUGUCAAGCCGAAUGCUGCAUGUUUGGAAGUUGUUUUAGAAAUAGCUGAUAUAAGUUAUCUUCCUGACAAUUAAAUGAGCAGGUUACGGCAGUCAUCAUGAACAGUAAGAAUCAGUUCAUUUAAAUGUGUGUAUGAUUAUUUCAGUCGUAAGAGUUUGUAGUCUAGAAUGUUAUACAGAACACAGUCUUCAGUAAAACUUGCUAUAAAUAGUUGCCAUAUUAAAUUAGCCUCAUUAUUGUUCUUUGGAAAUGCUAUUAAUGUGACAAUAUUUUACUUUUUUCCCUGUAUAAGUAAAAACAGAAACAAGACUCUGUAUUUAAAAUGGUAAAGAGGCAGUUCACCAAAUAAUGUUGUUGUUAAGCACAUGAAUGUAAGAUAAUAAAUAAUAAUGGUUAUUUGGACAACAUA